AUGGGCUUCACAUCCACUCUGUCACGUUGCAUGCGCAAGCACCGCCUCUCCAGAAGACCCUCCACCACAAGCACCAAGCUGCACGACGAAGACGCCAACGAUCUAAUCCAAACAGCCUCCAAAACAUCCUCGACUCGCGCAAGCGUGGAUUCCACCUCAACCAUGGUCCAGCACUCCUUCCACGAGCCAGUGCAACCAUGCGAGUCACCGGCGAACCGUAUGCAGAUCAGGCCCGAUCAUGCACACAUGCGGAUCUUGUUCGAUGGUAAUGCUACCCCCACCCACCCAACAAAUCGCGCGACCGGCGCCCAGACCAGACCCGCAUAUCCGAUUUUGACAUUGGAUUGUCGGUCGCCUAUUGAGGCGCCGAGGAGGGUGUUGCAGGCGCCCGUGGAGAUUGGACGGGAGGAAAGGAUGGACCAAGUGGAGGAUGAGGGGACUUGUUCGGGGAAGGGUGUUUCGGGUGUGUCGCCGGCGAGAAUGGCCCAGACGGGCGUUUUACCCCCCGAGAAAUGUGUGUCUGAGAAGAAGUUUACGAAGUCACUUGCGGCUUUGCUGAAGAAGCAUUGUGGGUUGAAUAUCCCGCGCUCGUCGAUUUCAAUCAACACGUCGCGCGGUCAACCGUCGCCGAAGUGGUUGGAUUUAUCUGAGAUGACGGAGGAGGACGGGUUGAUGGAUAAGAAGAGUGAGAAGUGGGUGGAGGCGCAUGAGAAGAGGAUUGGUGUGUUGGGUGUCGGGUUUGGAAGACUGGGGUAG